CACUUCUCCAGGCUUAUUACGAAGCCUCCUCCGGUCGGGUGCCGCGACUCUUUUGGCCAACGUGGACGGACAUCUUCGCCAUGGGGGAUUCCGCGGUUGGUAGCGAUGAGGUACAAUCCUUGGAGAGAAAGUAUAUCAGUCUACUGGAGCAAAGGAUUGCGCAGUUGGAGAAGCUGGUCGCGUCAAAUGUCACUGCCGAGGUAAAGGAACCGGGACCGUCCGUGGCUACUGAGCCUGAGAAGGAGAACAACUCUAUUGAAGCCACCCCGACCGCCGCCACGGAGACGAACGAGACCAAGGACAAAGAGGCAGAACCAGUGAAGAAGGAAGAGGAGGGGACGGAUGGAAAUCCCAGAAUCAGGCUUCUGGAUUCACGUUAUAACGAGGAGAAAGGCGUGUUCGAAGACGUGCCUUCGAAUCUACCUCCCACGAACAAAGGAUCAGAGCCGAGCUUACCGUACGCAUUCACCUGGCGGAGAUCAUUCGAUGAGACCAAAAAGUACACCGGCUCGAAUGCUAUCAUCAGCUCUCCGGGCUUGGAGAAUCUCAUCAAGAGUACCUGUCGACCAUCCUCCGUGACCAGCUACAACAGCUUCUCCGACAAGUUUGACAUUCUGGUCUGGGAUUGGGACAAGUUGGAGGAAGCGGCGAGCGCUGGAGAUGCUGAAAGUCCGAAUGUCGACGCUGCAGACUUGCAACUGCUACUCGAGAGGGUUAGGUCAACCUCUGAGCUGGAAUCGUAUUUUCAGAAGCGAGAUCAGUGGUCCAAGAAUGCCGAGAUUCCGUUCGAAUAUCUGUGGACUCUGUUUCCUCCGGGUGAAAUGGUUUAUUCACAUGUCGUCUUCGACUGUCCCCAGGUCUUUAUCGCUCGCGAAUAUACUUAUGAGGAUUACCGGGCGCGAAAUGGAACGGAUAAGAGUUACUUUAGUCUGACCUGCUGGUCUUAUGACUGGAACGGGGAAACCUUCAAUCGCGUUUCCGCAACUCUCCAAAUUGACAAGUAUACCGGCGCCAAGGCUAUUAACACGCUCAAGUUUUACCCUUUGAAAAACUACAUGGACAGAAAUGGCAAUCCCGCGGUGCAUGAGCUUCGCCAAACCCUCCGAAAACGAGGUGAAAAGUUUCGUGAAUUUUGUGUCGCACGGAAAGGCUCCCAACUGUUCUACUGCGAUGGUCCGAUAAUUAGUAAGGAGGCAGGAUAUGACCUCGUUCCCAACAACUCAAAUCAGUUCGACGCGAAUAGUAACAGCGGGCUGGAAACCGUUGAUCAGAGUGGGAAUCGGUCGACUCGGCUCACCGGGCCGGUCAUCGUGGACCAUCGAUCAUUCAUCCAAUAUGCUGCGGCUGAUGACAUAGCUCCGAUGGGGGACUUGGAAAUUACCGACAACAUCUAUGAAUGCACUUGUUCAGAGUGUAGGAAAUCUAGGGAGCUGAAGAACAUGAUGAAGUUCAACUACGACGAUGUCGAGGCUACCGAUGACUUUGACGAAGAUCAGUUUAUUAUCUGUCCGGCCAGGUUCUUGGGAUACAGCAUGAAAUCGAAGAAAUGGGUUCAGAUGCCGGUCGACUGCGUGCAUGAGAUUAAACAGAAGAUUCGGAUGGAUGCGUUUGACAAGUUGAUCAUGGAAGAGACUUCCAAGAAGCUGAUCAAAAGCCUUGUUGCUAAUCAUGAGAAGAAGAAGAAGGCGGAGGAUGGGGGCAAGGUGGGUAAUGAUGACUGGUUUGAGGGGAAGGGAGGAGGUCUUGUCAUCCUUCUUCAUGGUCCCCCGGGUGUCGGCAAAACAUCAACAGCAGAAAGCGUGGCCCAGGCAACCGGAAAGCCUCUUUUUGCUGUGAGCGUUAGUGACAUUGGAUUGAAGCCCGACCAGGUAGAAAGCAAGCUGGCACAGGUGUUCAGUUUGGCUUCAAAGUGGGAGGCUAUUUUGUUGUUUGACGAAGCAGACGUCUUUCUGGAAUCUCGAGGAACGGACAAGGGGGAUCUAAACCGCAAUUCUCUAGUGACAGUGUUCCUCCGCAUCCUCGAAUAUUAUGACGGCAUCUUAAUCCUAACAACCAACCGGAUCAAGACUUUCGACGUCGCCGUCCAAUCUCGAGUGCACCUAGCAAUGCGCUACAACAACAUGCAGCUCGACGAAUUACGUCAACUAUUCUUACAGUUCAUAAAUGAGCGUCCGAAAGAGAUAGCAGACUUGCGAGAAAUGAGGAACUGGAUUGAGGAAGAAUUCGAUGAAGAGGUCGAUGGACGUCAAAUACGGAACAUCGUCUCGUCAGCUCGAGCGCUGGCCAAAUCCGAUGACAACUAUGGGGGCAAACUAAAGCUGGCGCACAUAAAGCGCGUGCUGAAGAUGACUGUCCAGUUCCAGAAGCAUUUGCGUGAUCAGCGGGUGGCUGCACAGAGAGAUCGAGUUAAUGAUCGCUGAGAGUCUUGCCUCAUCCAAAUUUUCCUAUGUAUUUGGUAGUCAGUCAUCAUAUUCUCACAUUCACUUCUACAAGAUUUCUGUCGAUCCUAGACCCCAACUUUGACUGCUGAAAUUAUUCGUUCUUUCCACGCCUCUUCUGUAUAUACCUCCAAUCAAUCUCACAAAUAAAACAACCCACAAUUCUCAAC